CGACAAUAAUACUCUACCGUGUGCCGCCGCCGCCACGCCACGGCUCUAAGGCCGAAGGGGCAUGGCGCCGACGCUACGAUAUCCAUGCCGCAGCAGCAGCUCUCACUUCUCACUUCUCUUCUCGCUUCGCCUCAAACUCCCGCGAACGGCUCCAUGUCACUCAAUCAGCAGGCAAAAAAAAACGUCCGGAAGAACAGCCAACAGAGCUGUUCAAGCGAACCACACAGCUUUGCAGGAUGGGCACGGCAGCACAUACAUCCUCUGCAGACAGCUGCAUAUUUACCACAAAGCCCGCCGACCUUGGCCUUGCGAGACGGACUAGAGCAUGUCUCUUCUGCACACGCUUCUGCUGCGUCUGCUUGUGCUGCUGCUUAUGCUGCCCGAGUUGCCUGUUGGUUGCAACUUGCUGGGCGAUAGCAUGUGCGAGAAGAAGACGUCGACAAAGAAGUGCGUG